UGAGGGUAAGUUAAGUCUCCUUUAAGGGCGAUUCCUGCUUUGUCAGGGGCUACUACUAUUAGCAGGCAGAGGGAACAAUCGCAGAAGAGAUUGGGGUAAACUCCAGUAUUAGGCACAGAGGUAGAUCCUGGGGUGGGUGGGAGUGGAGAAGGGAUGAGUAGCCCUCCUGUCCUUCCCUCAGGGAAAUUCUUCCUUAGUAAACAGGACAGUUACCCUUUGGUGAGCAUGGUCGUAUAUGGGAAGAUUAAGUCUAGGUGUGUAUGAUCUGGUUGAAUCUUUGUAACAGUGAGGUUGGUUCAUCGUGAUCAUCCUCAUUUUGAAGAUGAGCAGAUCUAGACUCCAUAAAUCCUCUUGAGUGAGGUCACACAGGGAGUAAGUGAGGGAGCUGGGAUGUGAACUUUCUCCUCGCCCCCCCUUCAUUGACUGGCCUAGAUCACCCUGGGAGUCAAGUGCGGGCCAGCCUUAGCAGGAGGUGAGUGCUGAGACUGGCAUCAGCAGUGGACACACUGAUGACAUUGGCGGGUUCUGAUAUCAGCAUCAGGUAUGGCCAGGGAGGGAAAGGCAUCGUGUUGGCUUUGGGACUGCCCCCAGGUAUAUGCGAGGAUGGGAAACAAGUUGGCACUGAACUUGACACCAGGAGAAUAUUGAAGUCAUGUUUGGUGCCAAGAGGGCUCUGUGUGUUGUCUCAGGUGUCAUUGAGAGCAUAAGAGUGUCCUGCUUCAGGAGGGCAUAAGAGUGGCACCAUAUAGGGUCUGAGGUUGGUUCCAGUGGGCUCUGACAUGAACAUGAGACAGGUGCUCAUAUUGGUCCUAUGUGGGUCUGAGAUGAGCCUCAGCCAGACCCUGAGAGGGGCCCCAGAUGGCCACAGGACAGGCUCUGAUGGUUGGACCACUUAGGGUUGCACCUGUCCUCUGGGUCACCAACUUUGGACAAGUGGAGGUCGGUGAGGUUGGCACCCCCAGGACUGACAUCUUGCUCAAAGUGUUCUAGGAUGCUGAGCUCUGAGACCUGUGUGGAGGGAACAAAGGUCAGAGAACAAGGCAGAGAGAGGAAAGUAGUUUGUUGAUUUUGGAGGGGAAGAGGUGGGAAGGAAGAUUAGCACCAGCUUGGCAGAUAUCAAUCGCUCGAAUCCUGUUCACCAGCCUGCACCUGGGCCUGGCUCCUCCUUUUCCUUCUUGUUUCUUAAAAAGGUGGGAGACAGAAAUCUGGGGAGUUUGUUUCUCAGUGGAGUUGGCACUAGGAAGUGCACUGCGUGAUCAGCAGGUUGCCAUGACCUGGCCAGGGAGGGGAUGGGGAGAGACAGUUUGGGAGAACUCUAGUAUUUGUGGACAUAGAGGUCAAUGAAUUUUGGACUUGUUGAUUACCCUGGAGCAUGGAGUGAGAGAAUGGUGUCUGAAAUCAUGUGGGAGGAACUUGUCCCAGUGGGCAGUGUCUUGGGAACAGGCUUUCAGAGUGAGUUAGUGGAAAACCCAGGAAGAUCCCUUUCCUUUGCUUGGCCUCAGUUUCCUUUUCUGGAUGGAUGGUACAAUGAUUAAGGCCUGGAUUGGAAUCCUAACCUUAUCCUUUCUUUGUUGUGUGGCUUUGAACAGCUGACUUCAUCUCUCUGAGUCUUAUGGAGCCAAGAACAGCUCCUACCUCUUUGGCUAUUUAGGGGAGAAGUAUAUGUGUUAAUGCAGAUGAGGUACAUGGCAGUAAGUGCUCAAUGAAUGGUAGUUGUUCUCUUUAAUCUGUAGGAUGAAGCAGAUGGAUGAGAUGUUCCCUAAGCACAUUCCUUGCUUUUACAUUCUCUAGUCUAAAGCUCACAAAUCUUUUCCUUUGGGAAGGAGGAAAGGGACAGAGUCUUUGGGAACCUCCUUCCCCAUCCCUUCCUCAGCAUAGCCAAGCUUUACCCCAUGGAGUUGUGAAUAGGAAAUUAAUCCUUCAUGGCCUCCUGGAGUGUGGUGCUGAGUUAGGCAGUAUCUGCGGAAGGACAGGCCAGCAUUAGACUCUCAGGUUAUUCUGGUUGGCCCUGGAGCCCUGCACAGGACUUUGCCCACCUGUCUGUCUAUGCUUGUCUUGCAUCCCAUCUUUCUAUCUUUCUCUUUCUCCUCCCCUGCAAGUCAGUGUUCCCCUCAAUCACCCUGUGUGCUCGUGCAUCUUUGUGUUUUGUGCCAUUUUGUCCAGUGGGUUCUCCUGGAUGCCUCUGCCAUGUUUAUCCUCAUUUAUACAACUGUGUGUGUGUCAUUCUGGGUGCAUGCUUUUAGUGUCUAUGUGCAUGUAUGUUUCAGCACGUUCAUGUUGAUACAUGAAUUUAUGUGUGCACCAGGCUUUGUGGUGUGUAUGUUUGUGCUUGAUAAUGGGUAUCCAUUCCAAUUUAUGUCUGCACAUGCACAUGUGUGUGUGUGCCUGACAGGGUGUGGCACUGUUUCUCAAUGCUUGCCAAUCUGUGUCUGUCUCUGCAUACAGCAUGUGUGCACACAUGAUUUAGGGGUGUCUACGAUGUGCAUUUCUGUGUAUAACAAGAUGAAUGCUGCAUAUUCAUAUUUAUGUGUAUACAUUCACAAUUGGGUGACUACAUAUAAGUAUGUGGAUUUUUUUUCUUUGUUUUUUUUUUUUUUGAGACAGAGUCUUGCUCUGUCCCCACGCUGGGGGGCAGUGGCAUGGUCUCGGCUGGCACCUCUGCCUCCCAGAUUUACACCAUUCUCCUGCCUCAGCCUGCUGAGUGGCUGGGGCUACAGGUGCCCGCCACCAUGCCCGGCUAAUUUUUUGUAUUUUUAGUAGAGAUGGGGUUUCACCAUGUUAGCCAGGAUGGUCUCGAUCUCCUGACCUCGUGAUCCGCCCGCCUCGGACUCCCAAAGUGCUGGGAUUACAGGUGUGAGCCACCGCGCCCGGCCAGUAUGUGGAUGUUUUCAUGUGUUCAUUCUGGUGUGUGUGUGCAGACUUGUGGGCCAUGUUGCAUACACGUGAACAUCUGAUAUUUUCCUGUGCUCAUCUGUGUUUGGAUUAAAACAAUCCUAUCCCAGCUCCAUUUAUCUGCUUGAAAAAACCCCCAGAACUGCAGGAAGCUUUUUAUGAGCAUAAUCUUAAUUGAACUCCUGAUUGCAAGACUGAGGUUAGCUUUAUCAUCUCCAUUUUGCAAAUGAGUUAGAUAAGUUCCCCCAAAGCCGGUCAUAAGUGACUUGCUUCUUCAUUUCACAGCUAAUGAGUGUAGAGUCUUAGUAUGGUCUUGUGUGAUGGUAAAUUUUUUUUUUUUUGGAGAUGGAGUUUCGCUCUUUUGCUCUUGUUGCCCAGGCUCGAGUGCAAUGGUGCGAUCUUGGCUCACUGCAACCUCUGCCUCCUGGGUUCAAGUGAUCCUCCAGCCUCAGCCUCCCGAGUAGCUGGGAUUAUAGUCACCAGAUGCAGCUCAUUUUUGUAUUUUUAGUAGACACGGGGUUCACCAUGUUUGUCAGGCUGGUUUCAAACUCCUGACCUCAGGUGAUCUGCCCACUUCGGCCUCCCAAAGUGCUGGGAUUACAGGCAUGAGCUACCAUGCCUGGCUGUGAAUGUAAGUUUCAUGCUGUUAACCACCACUUUGGACUGCCAGGCCCCACCUGUUUUUCUUUAUGAAACAUUAGAAAAACUGCUUGUACUCUCUUGUGUUUCUUCAAAUACUUCCGUGUAAACCAUGUAACAAAAGAUUUCAAAAUGUUAGAAAAAAAGUCUUUUAAUAGGAGGGAGACUUGACCUUCUAUAGUGUUUGCACUCUUUGGAACCUUAAGCAAAGACCUAGUUGGCCAGUAUAGCCCUCAUGCCAUUGGCAAUGAAGCAGUGGGGGAGUUGGGGUACUAGUUGUUGUGGCCAGAGAGUGAAAUGUCUGUGUUUCACAUUUCAGAUUGAUGACGAGGAUUUGGGGGGUGGGGCUGUGGGAAUGUUGGCUGAAAAUAGAGUGAAGAAGGUCAAAGAAGAGAAGACAGUCAAGAUUCUUUUUUUCUGAGUGUUUGGACAGCUCACAUCCAUGGCCAUGAAGUUCCUCCCUACCAGGAAAAUGGCAGGACUUAGAGUUCAGAGAUGGGAAAGAAGUUGGAUAGAUGACAGGGAUGAGCAGCUUUUUUUUUUUUUCUUUUGAGGUGGAGUCUUGCUCUGUUGCCCAGGCUGGAGUGGAGUGCUACGAUCUUGGCUCACUGCAAGCUCCACCUCCCGGGUUCAUGCCAUUCUCCUGCCUCAGCCUCCGAAGUAGCUGGGACUACAGGCGCCCACCACUACGCCCGGCUAAUUUUUUGUAUUUUUAGUAGGGACUCUGUCUCAAAAACAAGACAAACAAAAACAAACAAACAUGAUGCAACUAUAUGCUGCGUAUAAGAGACUCAUUUUACCUGUAAAGACGCAUAUAGACUGAAAGUACGUAGAUGGAAAAAGAUAUUCCAUGCAAGCAAAAACCAACAGCAAGCAGUAGUAGCUAUAACUUAUACCAGUUGAAACAGAUUUUAAGGCCAGGCGGGAACGGUGGUUCACGCCUGUAAUCCCAGCACUUUGGGAGGCUGAGGUGGGUGGAUCAUAAGGUCAGGAGAUCGAGACCAUCCUGGCCAACACGGUGAAACCCUGUCUCUACUAAAAAUACAAAAAUUAGCCGGGCGUGCACCUGUAGUCCCAGCUACUGGGGAGGCUGUGGCAGGAGAACCAUUCGAACCUGGGAGGCAGAGGUUGCAGUGAGCAGAGAUCGUGCCACUGCAUUCCAGCCUAGGCGACAGAGCGAGACUCCGUCUCAGAAAAAAAAAAAAAAAAAAAAACCCAUUUUAAAUCAAAAACAUUAAAAAUAAAAACAAAACAAAGUAUGAACCCGGGGGGGUGGAGGUUGCAGUGAGCCAAGAUCACACCAGUGCACUCUAGCCUGGGCUGUAACAGAGCAAGACUCCAUCUCAAAAAAAAAAAAAAAAUUCUGGCAGCAUCACAUUUCUUAGUCCCAGAAAGAGGGGCAUGUGCCUAGGCAAAAAAUGACCCAGGUUCCAUUUCAUGCACACACCCUCUGGAGCACAAAUCUCCUUCCCUCUAUCCCACUUAGACCUGGGUUUCUCUCUUGUCCCUGUAUCUCUUUGUUUCGUUGCCUUUCUCUUUGUUCAUCUCCAUCUCCAACUUUUUGUCUAGUUGGAUUUCUCUCUGAGUCAUGGGUGCGUCCACUCUUUGGGUUCCUCUUGAUUCUCUUCUCAGCCGUAUGUCACCUUCUCAGUCUCUGUCUCACUGAAACUUUUUUCCUGUCUUUUAUUCUUUCUGCUUCUAUCUCCCUCUCUCUGUUUCUUUGAAUUGCCUUUUGUCUCUGUGUCCUCCUUGACAUUUAUCUUUGACUCACUGAAUCUCUCUCUCUCUCAUCUCAAUUUUGUUUUGUUUGCUUUGUUUUGUUUUUGAGACAGUCUCGCUCUUGUUGCCCAGGCUGGAGUGCAGUGGUGCGAUCUUGGCUCACUGCAACUUCCACCUCCUGGGUUCAAGCAGUUCUCCUGCCUCAGCCUCCUGAGUAGCUGGGAUUACAGGCGCCCACCACCAUGACUGGCUAAUUGUGUGUGUGUGUGUGUGUGUGUGUGUGUGUGCAUGUAUUUUUAGUAGAGACAGGGUUUCACCAUGUUGGCCAGGCUGAUCUCGAACUCUUGACCUCAGGUGAUCCACCUGCUUUGGCCUCCCAAAGUGCUGGGAUUACAGGUGUGAGUCACUGUGCCUGUCCUCAUCUCUAUUUUGAUCUCGCUCUGGUUCUGUUUCUAUGCACCUCUAUUUUGUCUCAAUCUUGAUUUCUGUCUCCAUCACAUAAUACCUGGCAUAAUCUGCCAUGCUCUGAAUUUCUCUGCCUCAAGUCCUCUGCAAUUAUUUUUCCUCUUUAGCUUGCUUCUACUUUUUAGUUCAAGUUCCUCCACUCCUGGCUUCCUAUCUGGAGGUGGGAUGGUGAAGGGAGCUGUUCUAAGAGUACUUGCUCUCUCCCUUCCCGUCUGAGUAGGAAAACCAGACUCACCAUCACCACACACAUGCCACCACCCUGAAUGGGUGUUAAAUGCUGGGGUGUGAGGAUCAGAAUGGGAUGGGGAGGUGAAAUCUAAGAGAGUCAAAGGAGAUGGGCUGAGCUGAGUCUCUACUCCAAGAAAGACAUUCUAGCAGCAGAUCCAAGAGACAGAACGUGGCACUGUGUGUGAGUCACUCAGUUUUUGCAGAAUUUCCACCACUUCUGGACACAGGAUGCCUCAGCUAAGCCAGCCAAACCCCAUUCCCAAAACUUACAGAUACCUUGAGGGAUUCAGUUUCCAAGUCUGAGAAUACAGUUGUGUGAAAAGGACAUUGAAUUUUGAUAAAUAGUAUAUGUGGGUAGGAUAUAAUAUCCAGGAAGUUCAUUUCAGGCCAAUAAGGCUUUGAAAAUAUUUGGUGCGGAAAAGGUAGUGAAUCACUUUUUAGAUUGUUAAGGAACACAAUCACUAAUUGCGCUGGAGGAGAUGUUCUCCUCCAGAGACUGGGGUUCAGAGGUGAUCCCUACACCUUAGACUUUUAAAACACACACACACACACACACACACCAACACACACUACAGCAAAGUUCUUUUUUUCUUUUUUUAAUUUGAUACAGCAAAGUUCUGAUACACCAACACAAGUAAUCUUUGAUUAUUGUUAUUUAACAUCUUGAGUAGAAAACAAGAACUUUUUGAACAAAACCCUUUCAAUUGAUUUAUUUCUCUUGUUUUCUAAAUCUUCAGCUUACUUUCCUUAUUAACAUUCUAGUGUUCCAUUACACAGUAGGGUAGCUGUAGUUAACGAUAAUACAUUGCGUAUUUCAAAAUAGUUAGAAGAGAGGAUUUUGAAUGUUCUUACCACAAAGAAAUGAUAAAUGUCUCAGUAAUGGAUAUAAUAAUUACCUGAAUUUGAUUGUUAUACAUCGCAUACAUGUAUAAAAACAUCACACUGUACCCCACAAAUAUGUACAAUUAUUAUGUCAAUUAAAAAAAUUUAAUAACUGUUUAAUUAGGGUUAUACUUAAUUAAGUAAUGAACAAAGAGUUUUCCUUGUUGUCUAUCAAGACUUUCUAAAACAACAUGGUCUGCCAGCUGUGGUGGCUCACGCCUGUAAUUCCAGCACUUUGGGAGGCUAAUGGUGGGGGGUGGAUCACUUGAGGCCAGGAGUUCGAGGCCAGCAUGGCCAAUAUGGUGAAACCACAUCUCUACAAAAAUACAAAAAUUAGCUGGGCAUGGUGGUGUGCGCCUGUAGUCCUAGCUACUUGGGAGGCUGAGGCAUGAGAAUCGCUUGAACCCUGGAGGCAGAAGUUGAAAUGAGAUUAUACCACUACACUCCAGCCUGGGUGACAGAGUGAGAAUCUGUCUCAAAAAAUAAAACAAUAAAAAAAAAAUAAAACAGCAUGGUUUCCCUAUUUGAUAGAUGGGGAAACAAGUCCCAGAGGUUAAGUGACUUUCCCAGUGAAGAAAAGACAGAGCUGCCACUUGUACCCAGAUUGUCUGGAUCCUAAAAUCAAUAGCCUAAAAAGAUAAUAAUUUGCCUCUUACACCCCACCAAGAAAUUCUGUUCAAUUCUGUUGAGCUGAGAGAGAAGAACAGGGAGACUGGAAAUAUGAAGAAAGGGGAAUGGCCCUAGAGGAUUUCCCUGUGUGAAUUCAAUUUACCUUUAUUCAGGUGGGAGAUUAUAGGUUAUAUAACCACCCCCAAUAUAAAGCAAUCUCUUCACCGAUGACACUCAAACCCGGAAAACUUGAAUCCCAGGGUGUUCAGAUUUUGGUAUAAGCUGAUCUCCCAGGAACUACUUGGCAGGAUCUGGUGCCCAGGACAGAACCUGUUGACCUGGCACCAUGGAGCUGGGAGGGGCUGUCACCAUCUUUCUGGCACUCCGCUUGUCUUGCCUGCUCAUCCUCAUUGCCUGGAAACGAAUGGAUACGGCAGGAAAGCUGCCCCCACGUCCUACACCAAUUCUUUUCCUGGGGAACCUGCUGCAAGUUUGAACUGAUGCUACGUUUCAGUCUUUCAUGAAGGUGAGUCUGUCUGUCCCCUUUAAUAGGGCUAAAAGCAACUAAUCCUAUAGCCAGAUUCAUAUAGAACCUUAUGACUUCUAAAAGAUAGACUCUCAGAAACACAGACUUUGCAAAUCUUAGAAUUCUGAAAUUCCAGAAUCCUAAAAUGUUGGAAACACACAUUCUCAGUGCAUUGAAAUAAGAUUUUCAUGAUCUCAGGACUUUGGAAUCACAGUACAUUAUAUUUUUAAACACAGGAUUCUUUGACUCAGCUUGUCUUAGCACUUUGAGACUUGGUAUCAUGAAGUCUUAAGAUUCUAGAAAUUUAACAUUUCAGAGAGAGAAGUAUGAAUCUUAGAAUUCAUCAAAUCCAGGUCCAUUAUUUUAGAGAUGCAGACAGUAAGUCUUGCGGGGAGGGAUGAGCUUUUGCCAAGGGUGACAGGAGCCAAGACUUCCAUGCCUCUUUCCCAGUAUUCCUUCCAAGCCCAGAUUUACCUUGGUUCCUUAGUACCAUGUUUAUAUCCCUCUGAAAUCGCCAUCCUCUAAAAUCCUCAAUUGGCCUAUGCUUGGUACUCCAGUCAGCCCCUCCUACUGUGUUUUCCUUCACUCCAAGCUCAGGGAGAAAUACGGCCCUGUGUUCACUGUGUACAUGGGUCCCGGCCAGUGGUGGUUUUAUGUGGACAUGAAGCAGUGAAGGAAGCCUUGAUAGACCAAGCGGAUGAUUUCAGUGGCCGUGGAGAACUGGCUUCAAUAGAGCAAAACUUCCAAGGUCAUGGAUCCUGCAGAGAGGGAACCUUACUCUCUUGAUUGAGUCUUGAAGGUUGAGGAUGGCUUCCUGGACAGCAGAGUCUAGAGCUUUCAUAAUCUUUCCCCAUCACUGCCUAAGCACAGAGUUGAACACAGCAAGGGGAGGGAGGCAGAAGCCUGAGACUGAGAUCUUGGCAGGUGUAGCUCUGGCCAAUGGAGAACGAUGGAGGAUUCUCCGACGCUUCUCCCUGACCAUCCUUCGGGACUUCGGGAUGGGAAAGCGGAGCAUUGAGGAGCGAAUUCAGGAGGAGGCCAGCUACCUACUGGAGGAGUUCCGGAAGACCAAGCUAAGAUUCACGAAGAGAUUAACCAGGUGAUUGGACCACACCGGCUCCCAAGGGUGGAUGACCGGGUCAAGAUGCCCUACACAGAUGUCAUUAUCCAUGAAAUACAGAGACUGGUAGACAUCGUGCCCAUGGGUGUCCCCCACAACAUCAUCCGGGACACUCAGUUUCGAGGUUACCUUCUGCCCAAGGGCACAGACGUAUUUCCCCUGCUUGGCUCUGUCCUCAAAGACCCCAAAUACUUCCGCUACCCAGAUACCUUCUAUCCCCAGCACUUUCUGGAUGAGCAGGGCCGCUUCAAGAAGAAUGAAGCCUUUGUGCCUUUUUCCUCUGGAAAGCGCAUCUGCUUGGGCGAGGCCAUGGCCCGCAUGGAACUCUUUCUCUACUUCACCUCCACCCUUCAGAACUUCUCUCUACGCUCGCUGGUGCCACUUGUGGACAUUGAUAUCACCCCCAAGCUCUCAGGCUUUGGCAACAUCCCCCCGACCUAUGAGCUCUGUCUUGUGGCCCGCUGAGCUACACCUCCUGCGGGGCAAGGAGGAAGCGGUGAAGAACGCAGCUCUCCUCUCGUGUUCAGGAGCACCCCCUCUUCCUCAUCUUACUAAUCCUCAAGCAUCCCUAAGAGGAGGCACUAUGAUUACAGAGUCAGCCAGGGUCACCUGAGAAUGUACAGCUGCGUGUCUUCCCCUCCCAUAGAAGAGCAACGCCCUUUGCAAGAUUUGCACCUCUGCCUGCAGGUUUCAUGGUCACAUGGGCACUGUUGCUUAGGUUUCUGGCUGCAUCAGAUUCUUACUGUAGUCCCUGUGUCUUCAUGUUGUCCCUUUUUGUGUGUGCUCUGAUUUUGACCAAAAUGUAGUCUAAAAUCCUUUCUCCUUGGUUCUCAUCUUUACCCACCAGCCCCCGAAAAGUGAACAAAGACCUCAAGUCUGUUGAGCGUAGCAAGUUUAUUGAGUAUGGUGUGUGACAGCGAUGUAGGGCACAGCCAACAGCUUGAAAUGUCUUUCUUGACUUGUUAUGAGUUAUAGUUUCUGCCAGCUGCUCUCCAGUGACUUCCCCUGGGUAAAAUGCCCCAUCCUCACCCAUCUUGCUGACUCAUUACCUUUCUCCGCCAUCAUCUCUUCUUCUAAUCUUCCUUUCCGGUUACUGUCAGCACAACUCCCAAUUCCAAAUACUCCCCAGUCCGUUUGUUUGUUUGGAGAUGGAGUCUCACUCUGUGGCCCAGGCUGGAGUGCAGUGGCACCAUCUAGGCUCACUGCAACCUCUGCCUCCUGGGUUCAAGUGAUUUUUGUGCCUCGGCCUCCCGAGUAGCUGAGAUUACAGGCACAUGCCACUGCACCUGGCUAAUUUUUGUAAUUUUAGUAGAGAUGGGUUUUCGCCAUGUUGCCCAGGCUGGUCUCGAAAUCCUGACCUCAAGCGAUCUACCCACCUUGGCCUCCCAAAGUGCUGGGAUUACAGGCGUGAGCCAACGUGCUCGGCCUCCCCACUCCAUUUUUGAGGAUAGCUCAGUUAUCCCCAGCUUCUAUCAUUCCCUUUCCAAACUCCAUUAACUGACAAAAACGUUCCCUCUUUUUCAUUUAUUCAGGCAAUAUUUACUGAAUACCCAACAAGUGCCAGCGUAGUCUUCAGGGACUUGGGAUCCAUCAGUAAGCAAAACAGACAAAAACUCCUGCCUUCAGGGAGCUAACAUUCUAGUAAGGAAGGUGGACAAUAAAGCAUACAUGAAACAAAUAUGCAAAUGACAUACUGCAUUAGAAAAGCAAGGCUGGUAAGUGGGAUAUGCAUUCUGUGAUUGGAAUUGCAAAUGGAUGGUUAGGGGUGGUUUCACAAGGUGAUGGGGCAACAAGCUAUGAAGAUAUCUGGGAAGGGAGUGUUCCUGGCAGAAAGAUUAACCAACAGCAGUGGCCGGGCGUGGUGGCUCAUGCCUGUAAUCCCAGCACUUUGGGAGGCCGAGGUGGUCGGAUCACCUGAGGUCAAGUGUUUGAGACCAGCCUGGCCAAUAUGGUGAAACGUAUGUCUCUACUAAAAAUACAAAAAUUAGCUGGGCAUGGUGGCAGGUGCCUGAAUCCCAGCUACUUGGGAGGCUGAGACAGAGAAUUGCUUGAACCCGGGAAGCAGAGGUUGCAGUGAGCUGAGAUUGUGUCAUUACACUCCAGCCCAGGUGACAGUGUGAGACUCUGUCUCAAAAAACAAAGCAACAAACAAACCAGCAGAGUCCUAAGGCAGGAGGCUGUGUGCAUCCAGGAAUCCACAGGGAGCAGGUGUAGCUCGCAUGGAGGAGGAAGACAGAGUAGGAGUGAAGGAAACGAGGCCAGGGAGGCGAUGGGGACCAGACUGUGUGGGGUCUUGUGGGCCAAGGUGAGGUCUUGGCUUUUACCCUGAGAGUGAUUGAGGUAUUUGGAGGGAUGGUGAGCAGAGGAUGACAUGUACAGACAUAUUUUACAGGGCUCACACUAGCUAUCAUAUGAUGGAUACAAAAGCCAAGAGCUAUUAGCAGGCUACUGCAACUGGUGAUGUUGACUCAGACCCAGCAGCAGCAGUGAAGCUGGGCAGAAUAUGGUAGAUUUGAAAUCUGUUUCACUCUCUGAGAUGGUGGGGUUUGCUACGGUAUUGUAUAUAGGGUAUGAGAGAAAGAGGGAGUUCAGGCAGGAGUCCAAGGAUAGGACCUCAUCUUUGAUCACCUCUUCUUCAACCUGUCACCUCCAGGGAAUCUUGGGACCCAUAACAGUCAGGGUUCCUUUUUUUUUUUUUUUUUUUUAGACAGAGUCUCACUCUCUCACCCAGGCCGGAGUGUAGUGGCAUGAUCUCAGCUCACUGCAACCUCUGCCUCCUAGGUUCAAGUGAUUUUCCUGCCUCAGCUCCCUGAAGUAGCUGGGAUUACAGGCACGCACAACCACGCCUGGCUAAUUUUUGUAUUUUUAGUAGAAACUGGAUUUCACCAUGUUGGCCAGGCUGGUCUCUAUCUCCUGACCUCAGGUGAUCCACUCAUCUCAGACUCCCAAAGUGCUGGGAUUACAGGCUUGAGCCACUGCUCCUGGCCAGGGUUCCUAUUUUUAAGCAAUAUAAAGUGACUUUGGUUAUUUUAAAUAGAAAGGCUGUUAGCUGCUGGAAGAUGAUUGUUGAGCUCACAAAAUUAACAGCGAUUCUGGAAAAAUAGGGUAAGAAUAUGAGUAGGAAAAAGAGGCUGUGGUAGGGGACCAACAGCCAAGGUAAUGUUCAAAGCUAUCUGGUAGGACCUGCUGCCACACCACCCAUCUCCUGGGUACUGAACACCUGACCCACCCCCUGGGUACUGCCAUGGGACUCUAGACCCACUGAUGCCACUAUAGAUGAUUUCCUGAUUGUGUCUGUGUUUUUGUCUCACAUCCUCAUGAUUAAGAGUUCCAGAUAUCUAGCCACAUGUUAAAACCUUAGGGUUCAAGGUGAGGUGAGGAAGAAUGAAUACCUCCUUCAGCUGUUGUAGUGGGAGGCAAAGCCUUGUCCCUGAUCAAGAGCCACACAAUAGGAGGUACUCAGAAAAUCAGAAAAGAGUUUUGAGACUGUGUGUAUAAUAAACAAUAAAUGCGGCCAGGCAUGGUGGCUCACGCCUGUAAUCCUAGGACUUUGGGAGGCCAAGGUGGGCAGAUCACUUGAGGCCAGGAGUUCGAGACCAGCCUGGCCAACACAGUGAAACCCCAUCUCUACUAAAAAUAGAAAAAAAAUUAGCCAGGCAUGGUGGUGCAUCCCUGUAAUCCCAGCUACUCGGGAGGCUAAGGCAUGAGAAUCACUUGAACUUGGGAGGUGGAAGUUGCAGUGAUAGUGUCACUGCACUCCAGCCUGGGCAACAGAGUGAGACUGUCUCAAAACAAACAAACAGACAAUAAAUGCCAUUAUAUACAUUAUGGGAAUUAGAUCCUCCGGGAAGCUGAGACUUAGACGGAGUUAGGGGUCCAUCAUUUUAUUGGAGGGAGGAGGGUAAUGCAUGUGAAAGACCAAAAAGGAAGGAAGCAGAUGACACUGGUAGCAGAAAAAGUCUUCAGAACAGGGUGCAAAUCCAACACUUGUGAAAGAAAAGAAGGAAGGAAGGAGGAUUGGACAGGGACAGGCCAAGACCACCAGGCAGAGAUAACAGACCCAUAAUCCACAGAAAAAUGCUGUUGGGGAUGGCUUAUGUUGGGCAGAUAGGGUCAUGCCCUGGAUCCAAGAGUCCUUAAUUACUAUCUGGGGCUUCCUUGGAAAAGCAUGGGUUCUGCUCCAUGCUGAGGUGGGUCCUAAUGGUGCUGCAACUGGAGACUCUCAGCUCACUGCCCUUAUUGAAGCUGAUUGGAAAGUUCUCCAUGAAUGAAGAUUCAAGCAGCACAUUCCUAUGCCCACCACAGACACCAACAUACAAACCCACAUCAUUAAAGCCUUGGCACCCCUUCUAUAAAUGCAGCAUCUCAGAGCUACAAACACACCUCGCAAGUACACAGUACAAUGGGCAUCAAACAUUUUUAGCUGUGAAACGUUUUUUAAAAUGAUCUUACUUGCAAAUAGAAUACAUAAAGCAGGCCGGGCGUGGUGGCUCACGCCUGUAAUCCCAGUGCUUUGGGAGGCUGAGGCGGGUGGAUCACCUGAGGUCAGGAGUCCGUGACCAGCCUGGCUAACAUGAUGAAACCCUGUCUCUACCAAGAAAAUACAAAAAUUAGCCGGGCAUGGUGGCACGUGCCUGUAGUCCCAGCUACUAGGGAGGCUGAGGCAGCAGAAUUGCUUGAACCUGUGAGGCAGAGGUUGCAGUGAGCUGAGAUCACGCCACUGCGCUCCAGUCUGGUGACAGAGCAAGAUUGUGUCUCAAGGGAAAAAAAAAAGAAUACAUUAAGCAGGAGAGAGAAUUGUUGAUCUCUCUUUAGGUAAAGCACAGAAGAGCUAUAGGUCCUCAAAAUAGCCUUCAUUUCUAUUUAUGAUGCGAGCCUAUUAGAAAGUUCCUAGAGGCCGGCGCGGUGGCUCACGCCUGUAUUCCCAGCACUCUGGGAGGCCGAGGUGGGCGGAUCACGAGGUCAAGAGAUUGAGACCAAUCUGGCCAACAUGGUGAAAGCCCGUCUCCACUAAAAAUACUAAAAUUAGCUGGGUGUGGUGGCACGUGCCUGUAGUCCCAGCUACUCGUGAGGCUGAGGCAGGAGAGUUGCUUGAACUCGGGAGGUGGAGGUGGCAGUGAGCUGAGAUCAAACCACUGCAUUCCAGCCUGGCGACAGAGUGAGAUUCCGUUAAAAAAAAAAAGUUCCUAGAAAUUCUGAGAAUAUAAGACAUUGUAGUUAUUCAACACACAUCAGGUCCUUCCAAGGGGCCCACGGAAGGACCUAAUGACAUAAUGUUGACCAGGAAAAGCUCAGUGACUCACCACAUAGGGCUCACAGCCCAGCAGGGAAGAGUGCUCCAUCUCUCAAAGUGACAGCCCAGCAUAGCCCAGCAUAGCUCUGAUGAAGGGAGCACGGAGUAGAAUGUGGAGGACUGUGAUGGAGGAAGCCCAGGUGGAUUAGGUAACACCAGGAGGUAUGAGGCAGGUUAGAGAGAAUCCGUACUCCUGCUAUCCCCUGGAAGUAAUUCAUUUAAUUAGAGUAAACAUUUCUCAGAAACUAGGUGAAUCAAUUUUCUUCCUAGAACUAAUCAAGACCUACAAGUCAGAGAGGACAUUUUCUUUACUGUGAGCUUUUUUUCUUUAUAUUUGUUUCUUUUCUUUUUAAAAAAGCCUUUAUUGAUAUAACUUACAGAUCAUAAAGUGUACAAUUAAAUGGGUUUGGGUGUAUUAAUCAAUACUGCAACCAUCACCAUGGUCAAUUUUAGAACAUUUUCAUCACCUCUAAAAGAAACCUCAUACCUUCUAGGUCUUACCCCUUUCCCCCCCACACUCAAUUCCCCGCCCUGAGUAACCACGAAUCUACUUUUCUUUGUAGAUUCACUUUUUUUUUUUUUUUUUGAGAUGGAGCCUCGCUCUGUUGCCCUGGCUGGAGUACAAUGGCGCAAUCUCUGCUCACUGCAACCUCUGCCUCCCAGGUUCAAGAGAUUCUCCUGCCUCAGCUUCCUGAGUAGCUUGCAUUACAGGUGCCCACCACGAUGCCAGGCUACUUUUUGUAUUUUUAGUAAAGAUGGGGUUUCACCAUGUUGGCCAGGCUGGUUUUGAACUCCUGACCUCAAAUGAUCAUCCGGCCUUGGCCUCCCAAACUGCUGGGAUUACAGGCAUGAGCCACCAUGCCUGGCCUAGAUUCUCUAUUCCUGACUUGCGUAUAAAUUGAGUCAUAUAUUAUGUGGUCUUUUCUGACUGCGUUCUUUCACUAAUACUUUUUUAAAGGUUCAUGCUAGUUGUAGCAUGAAGUUCUGCUUCAUUCCUCUUUGUGGCUGAACGAAAUUGCAUUGUAUGGAUAUAUCACCUUUUAUUUAUCAGUUUAUCCAGGGAUGGAUUUAUUAGCUUCCUAGGGCUGCCUAGGAACCUAGGUACAUAUAACAAAGUACCACAAACUGAGUGGCUUAAAAAAACAACAGAAAUGGGCUGGGCACAGCAGCUCACACCUGUAAUCCCAGCACUUUGGGAGGCUGAGGGGGGCGGAUCACAAAGUCAGGAGAUCAAGACCAUCCUGGCUAACACAGUGAAACCCCGUCUCUACUAAAAAUACAAAAAAUUAGCCAGGCAUGGUGGUGGGCGCCUGUAGACCCAGCUACUCAGGAGGCUGAGGCAGGAGAGAAUGGGAGGCAAGGCGGAGCUUGCAGUGAGCCGAGAUCUGCAACUGCACUCCAGCCUGGAUGACAGAGCGAGACUCCGUAUCAAAAAAAGAAAGAAAGAAAGAAAGAAAGAAUCCCAUAUUCUCCACUUAUUCAUCCCUCCUCCCUAAACUCCUGGCAACUACUGAUCUUUGUACUGUCUUCACAGUCUCACUUUUUCCAGAAUAUUAUAUAGUUGGAAUCACACAGUAUGAAGCCUUUUCAGGCUGGCUUCUUUUACUGAGCCAUAUACAUUUAAGGUUCCUCCCAGUCUUUUCAUAGAUUGAUAGCUCAUUUCUUUUUAUUGCUAAAUAAUAUUGUAUGGAUGUACCACAGUUUGUUUCCUCAUUCACCUGUUAAAGGACAUCUUGGUUGCUUCCAAGUCUUGCAAUUAUGAAUAAAGCUGCUGUAAACAUUUCUGUGUAAGAUUUUGUGUGGAUAUAAGUUUUUGUGUGUGGAUAUAAAGCUCAUUUGGGUUAAUACCAAAGAGCCUGAUGGCUGUAUCACAUGGUAAGAAUCUGUUUAACUUUGCAAGAAACUGCAAAUCUGUCUUCCAAAUUAGCUGCGCCAUUUUGCAUUCUCACCAUCAAUGAAUGACAGUUCCUGUUGGGCCACCUCCUUGCCAGCAUUUGGUGAUCAGUUUUGGAUUGUAGCCAUUCUAAUAGGUGGGUAGUGGUAUAUCAUUAUUGUUUUAAUUUGAAAUUUUUAGUGACAUAUGAUGUGGAGCAUCUUUCCAUAUGCUUAUUUGCUAUGUGUAUAUUUUCUUUGGUGAGGUGUCUGUUCAGAUCUUUUGCCCACUUUUCAUUGGGUUGUUUGCUUUCUAUUGUUGAGUUUUAACAGUUCUUUGUGUAUUUUGAAUGUAAGUCCUUUAUCAGGUAUGUGCCCUGUAAAUAUGUUCUCUCCGUCUGUAGCUUGUAUUGUCGUUCUCUUGACAAUUCUUUUGCAGAGCAAUUUUUAAUUUUAAUGAUGUAGAAUUUAUCAAUUGUUUCUUUCAUGGAUUGUGCUUUUGGUGUUGUGUCUAAGAAGUCACCAGCGAACACAAGGUCAUCUAGAUUUUCUCCUAUGUUAUCUUCUAGAAGUUUUAUACUCAUUUUUUAUUUAGGUCUACAAUAAACUUGGAGUUAAUUUUUGUGAAAGCUGUAAGGGAGCUUCUAAGGGGGACACACACUAACUUAUUUGAGAGAGGGCAGGUAAUUGUGAAACUCUUAGCUGGGUCUUACAACAGACCCUAGAUCCAUCAAGAGAACCCAACCUUCAGAAACCCAUAGUGGAAUGUUUUUCAUGCAUACAUGGGGAGAGUAUGCAGUCAUAUGCUCACAUGCACAACUGUACAUGAUCACACACAUGCAUAUGGUAUGUCCUGAUCCAGAGUUCUCCCAGCAUUCUCUCAGAAUGUUUCUCUCUGUCAAUUUCUUCAUUAAGCGGUCUCAUUGUGUCCCUGAACUGACUCUCAAUGGACGACAGUGGCCUUACCUGGUAGGGGGUGCAGGCUACACCCUGGUGCACAAAGUGUGCUGAGUAGGUGAGAGUGGGCAAGUGUGCAGUGAAGCCAGGACAACCGCCGGCCAGGUCUCUGGAGAAAACCCCAGGACAGGGCUGUUCAGGCUGUGUGAUGCUAUACUAAGCUGUUUGACUUGAGGAAGGGGUGUUUUUUAAGAAUCUGCCCAGAGGGUUGUGUUCAAAGAUUUGCUGGGCACUUAUAUUCUGUGACACCUCAGAUACAGACGACUUUCUGAGCCUCAGCUUUGUCAUGUGUAAAAUGGGCAUGAAUGCUGUUCCCCUUUGCAGAGGUUUGUGGGCAUUAAGUGAGGUGAGCACGCAACGGUUUUUGAACAGAGCUGACACGGAGGUACUUGUUCAAGAAAUAAGAGAUGCUAUUAUUACUACUCUUUGUAGCAUAGUUUAAGGUUUCCCUUCCUCUCAUCCCAGCUCUGAAGGACAUCGUCAAGGUGAACUGAGCCCCUUCUGUUUCUUCUCUUCCCCCUAACCACCUCGCCCCUUCCUUUCCCCCUGUCCUGCCCCCAUUCUUAGCCCCGCCCCUCCCGCAGGCCCGCUCCUGGCCCCGCCCUUCCUCUGAUCCCGCCCACCACGCCUGCACCAGCACAGCCCUCCCUCAGCAAGGCAAGUAGCACUUGGUGUAGUUUCGUGGGAUUGUGACAAAGCCCACGUGUUUGGGGGACACAACAAUGUCCUUAGGCGACUGCCGCGAUUUGAAGCGGAAGUUCUGCAUGAUGGUGGUGAAGAAGAGAAAGAGCUCCAUUCUGGCCAGGCCUUCUCUGAAACAGAUCCGCCUUCCUGAGGAGGAGAGGCGGGAGAGGUGGAGGUGAAGCCCACUCUCAGUGCAGCCUCGCCCCGCUACAGACCUCCAGCUGCGGCUCUCCCAGGGAGGAGGGGUGGAAUAUUAUGGCCUGAGAGACUUUCAGAGGAGGCUCUGAUCCUCCCUGAGCCUCAGUUUCCUUGAGUGUACAAAAGAUGUACAAAAGAUGGGGUGAUCGAUGCCAGGUGUCACAAUGGGAGGUUUAGAUGCCCCUUCCCCCAGAUAACACUCGCAAAUAUGACUGCUGUGCCGUCAUCUCCUUUUUAGGGAUCUGAAGAAUCUGCUGUGUGACCCUAGGGAAAUAAAUCUCUGAUUCUCUCUGGGCUUUGGUUUUCCCCGCCUCUGAAAGGGGUAUGAUGUUUCCUUUCCUUUUGCCUGGGCACAGGUACUGGGUGCUUGGUAGUUAAGGGAGUAUCAGCUGGUGGCUCAACGGUAGAUUCUAACAGGAACUUCCAAGCUGGGGAAAUACUAGGCUACACGGCAGAGAGGGGAGCUGGGUAAGGGAGGCCCCUGCUGGUGUGAGUAGUAGCCUGGCAGCAAACAGUGGUCUCUUACUGAUGGAGAAGGGCACAAAAGCAUCACGCUUCUUAAACUGCCCCUUCUCACCCAGGAAGUGCUGGGGAUUGAAGUCCCGGGGGUUGGAGAAGAACCUGAGGUCUCUCAGCACGGAGCCCAGCAUAGGGAACACUUCUAUGCCCUGGGAGGGAGGAGGAAGGUGUAUGUGAUGAGGCGGGUUGGGGGAUUGUUGAGAGUACACAGGGGCUGGAGGGGGAACUAGGGUGCCCCAGGUGAGGGGAAGUGGCAGGCAUGGGAAUUGGGGACCUCUGAGGGAGGAGCCUUGGGGGAUAGAAGUUUCACGUCUCUGAGACAGGAAGUUUGGGAGACAUGGGGUUCAUGUCCUCUUAGGCGGGGUGUUCAGGGAACAUGAAAUUUAUGUCCUUAAAGCAAAAGGGCAAGGGGAAAGGAAAAGGAGACUCAUGUCCCUUGGGACAGGGAGUUUGUGGACAUGGAGUUCAUUCCUCUCCAUGUGGCAAAAAUUCUGGGGGAGAUACAGGAUUCAGGAGUCUCUGAGAGGGAAGAUAGAAGGGAUGUGGUGGUUCAAAAAAGCUUUCAUUGAGAGAGUGGGACAGGGGCUAGAAAGCUUCUCAUGGAGAUGGGGUGCUGAGGUCACAGAGAGUGUGUUGGAAGUCCUAGGCUGGUGGGGGGGCAUGCAGCACCUUGGAGAGGAAGAAAUCCCGAAACUUGGUGUCCUUCUUGACCCUGCGGGACACACCCAUGGGGAGCAAGUCUCCACAUCUUUGGAUCUCAUGGAUCACUGCCUCUGUGUAGAGCGUCUUGGCCCGGUCCUCAAACUUGGGCUGCUGGUUCUUGCCGAUCACUCUGUCAAUCUCAUGGACCUUUGCUGGGGGAGGAAGGGGAAUGCCUUUAGGUAUCUAGGGGUCUCAGAGCAGGGACGAUAGCCUGAAUAGGUAAAACGGGGUGGAUGACAUGGCUCCGUGUAUGACACGGAGGUAGACCAUUCAUAACAGAUGUCAGCAAUUAGCAUUGUUGGCGCAGGAUCAUGUUAACCAGGUCGUGCCAGAAUCACAGGGGAGGCACAGGGAGGAAUUCAGGGGAUGAUCCAGAGGAGCGGGCAGCGGGCACUCAGUGGGCUUGGGACAGGAGUGACUGACCAAUCAGUGCAGAUAUUUUCAAUAUUUAAAUAGCUAAUGAGACUCAGCUGAUGCCUAUCAGCUGAAUAUUGCCCUGUCUCUGGACAGCAAGGCACGUCUCAGGGUCCUGGGAUCUGGGACAGGUGGGGACUUUGCACCAGGCUCAGGGGAGUUUUGAGGGUCUGGGACCCUCCACUUCCCUUCCCCUCCAGCCUUACCCUCCACCUCUGGGUGCUUCAUGAGCAGCAGGAAGCCGUAGUGCAGGGUGGUGCUGACAGUCUCGGUGCCCGCAUAGAAGAGGUUCAACGUGGUCAGCACCAGGUUCUUCAAGUAGAACUCUGUGUUGGGGUUCUUCUCCUCCUGCAGGGAGAGGGGGCUUUAGGCCAACCUCACUCCUCCUGCCUUCAAGGCAUGCCGCCAUAUCUGGCUAAUGUUUUAAAAAAUUUGUUGUAAAGAUUAUAUCUCGCCAUGUUGCCCUGGCUGGUCUCAAACUCCUGGGCUCAAGCAAUCUUCCUUUCCCAGCCCCCUAAAGUGCUGGGAUUUUGGUGGGAGCCACUGCACACAGCCCAGAUUAUUAUUUAUUUAUUUUUAUUUAUUUAUUUUUUGAGAUGGAGUCUUGCUAUGUAACCCAGGCUGUAGUGUAGUGGCAUGACCUUGGCUCGCUAUAGCCUCCACCUCCCCAGUUCAAGAAAUUCUCCUGCCUCAGCCUCACGAGUAGCUGGGAUUACAGGCAUGCACCACCAUGCCCAGCUAAUUUUGGUAUUUUUAGUAGAGAUAGGGUUUCACCUUGUUGGCCAGGUCGGUCUUGAACGUCCUCCUCAGCCUCCAAAAGUGGUGGGAUUACAGGCGUGAGCCACCGCGCCUGGCCGAGGCCCAGAUUAAAAUGUUUAAAAAAGUACUCUUUAUGCAGAUUCACCUUAACAUUUUAACCCAUUCCCAAUAUGACUUGUUCUAUUCUAUCAAUCAAUCAUCUAUCUAUCUUACUCUGUUUUAUGCUACUAUAACAAAAUACUACAGACUAGGUAACAUAUUUAUUUAUUUUUUUGAGAUGGAGUUGUGCUCUUGUUGCCCAGACUGGAGUGCAAAUGGCAUGAUCUUGGUUCACUGCAACCUCUGCCUCCUGGGUUCAAGUGAUUCUCCUGCCUCAGCCUUCAGAGUAGCUGGGAUUACAGGCGCCUACCACCACUCCUGGCUAAUUUUUGUAUUUUUAGUAGAGACAGGGUUUCACCAUGUUGGCGAGGCUGGUCUUGAACACCUGACCUUGAGUAAUCUGCCCACCUCAGCCUCCCAAAGUGCUGGGAUUACAGGCGUGAGCAGUAGCACCCAGUCUACUUAUAAAUAAUACAAAUUUAUUUCCCACAGUUCUGGAGACUGGGAGUCCAAGAUCAAGGAGCUGGUAGGUUCGGUGCCUGGUGAGGAUCAGGUUUCUACUUUCAAGAUGGCUCUGUGCCGUUGGAUCCUCCAAGGGGAGGAUCACUGUGUCCUCACAUAGUGGAAGGUGGAUGACCAAGAGAGGUGAACUCCAUCCAUCAAGCCCUUUUGUAGGGGUACCUAAUCCCAUUCAUGAUGAUGGAACCCUCAUGACCCAAUCACCUGUCAUAGGCCACACCUCCCAAUACUGUUGCAUUGGGGAUUACAUUCCAACAUGGAUAAAAAACAUUCAAACCAUAGCAAUAUCUAUUUAGUACUUUUUCUGAACCACUUAGGGUAAAUUACAUACAACAUAGGUUUUACCUCUCAAUACUUUGGAGAGUAUCUCCUAAAAAUGGGGACAUUUUCUGAUAUAACUGCAGUUACAUUUAUCAGCUAUAGUAAAUUUAACGUUGAUGCAAUACUUUCAUCCCUGAGGUUUAUAUUCCAACUGUUGGUUUGAGAAGUAAUUUGACAACUUUGAAACGAAAUGGCAGUUUCUUUGUUGCCUGAGUGAUGCCACACUUAAGACUCACUCAUGGUUCAGCGUGGUGGCUUAUUCCUGUAAUCCCAGCACUUUGGGAGGCUGAGGCAAGAGGAUUGGUUGAGGCCAGGAGUUUGAGACCAGCCCAUGCAACACAUUGAGACCCUGUCAUUACCAAAAACAAAAACAAACAAACAAAAUACACAAAGAAAAAAAAAGACUCACAUCUAAGUUUCCAGAGGCAUCUCAACAGUUAAUGGCAAGGGCCCUGGAUCCAGGGAGCUGGGCUUUGAUCCUGGCUCUGAAUGCUAUCAGAAAAGUGAUGUUGAUUAAGUUAUGUGAUCUCUUCAUGCCUUGGUUUCCCCAGUGGUAAAUGGGGAUAAUUUUAGAGAUACGUGGUGAAAACAUUUAUAGGUGAAUUGAUGCAAGGUCUGGCAUUUUCUUCAAAAUAAUCCCAAUUUGAGGAGGAGGUUCCAAGAUGGCCAAAUAGGAACAGCUCCAGUCUGCAGCUCCCAGCGUGAGUGAUGCAGAAGAUGGGUGAUUUCUGCAUUUCCAACUGAGGUACUGGGUUCAUCUCACUGGCACUUGUCAGACAGUGGGUGCAGCCCAUGGAGCAGGGCGGGGCAGCGCCUCACCCGGGAAGUGCAAGGGGUCAGGAAAUUCCCUUUCCUAGCAAAGGGAAGCCGUGACAGAUGGUACCUGGAAAAUCAGGACACUCCCACACUAAUACUAUGCCUUUCCAAUGGCCUUAGCAAAUGGCACCCCAGGAGAUUAUAUCCCACGCAUGGCUUGGAGGGUCCCACCCCCAUGGAGCCUCACUCACAGGUAGCACAGCAGUCUGAGAUCGAACUGCAAGGUGGCAGCGAGGCUGGGGGAGAGGCAUCCGCCAUUGCUGAGGCUUGAGUAGGUAAACAAAGCGACCAGGAAGCUCAAACUGCAUGGAGCCCACCGCAGGUCAAGGAGGCCUGCCUGCCUCUAUGGAAUCCACCUGGGGGCAGGGCAUAGCUGAACAAAAGGCAGCAGAAACUUCUGCAGACUUAAAUGUCCCUGUCUGACAGCUUUGAAGAGAGUAGUGCUUCUCCCAGCAUGGAGUUUGAGAUCUGAGAACAGAUAGACUGCCUCCUCAAGUGGGUCCCUGACCCUUGAGUAGCCUAAAUGGGAGACACCUCCCAGUAGGGGCCCACUGACACCUCAUACAGCCAGGUGCCCCUCUGAGAUGAAGCUUUCAGAAGAAGGAUCAGACAGCAAAAUUUGCCAUUCUGCAAUAUUUGCUGUUCUGCAGCCUCCGCUGGUGAUAUCCAGGCAAACAGAGUCUGGAGUGGACCUCCAGCAAACUCCAACAUACCUGCAGCUGAAGGUCCUGACUGUUAGAAGGAAAACUAACAAACAGAAAGGAUAUCCACACCAAAACCCCAUUUGUACGUCACCAUCAUGAAAGACCAAAAGUAGAUAAAACCACAAACAUGGGGAGAAACCAGAGCAGAAAAGCUGAACACUCUAAAAAUCAAAGCGCCUCUUCUCAUCCAAAGGAAUGCAGCUCCUCACCAGCAAUGGAACAAAGCUGGACAGAGAAUGACUUUGAUGAGAUGAGAGAAGAAGGCUUCAGACAAUCGGUAAUAACAAACUUCUCUGAGCUAAAGGAGGAUGUUUGAACCCAUCACAAAGAAGCUAAAAACCUUGAAAGAAGAUUAGAUGAAUGGCUAACUAGAAUAAACAGUUUAAAGAAGACCUUAAAUGACUUGAUGGAGCUGAAAACCAUGGCAUGAGAACUACGUGAUGCAUGCACAAGCUUCAGUAACUGAUUUGAUCAAGUGGAAGAAAGGGUAUCAGUGAUUGAAGAUCAAAUGAAUGAAAUGAAACGAGAAGAGAAGUUUAGAGAAAAAAGAGUAAAAAGAAAUGAACAAAGCCUCCAAGAAAUAUGGGACUAUGUGAAAAGACCAAAUCUACAUCUGAUUGGUGUAAUUGAAAGUGACGGGGACAAUGGAAACAAGCUGGAAAACACUCUUCAGGAUAUUAUCCAGGAGAACUUCCCCAACCUAGCAAGGCAGGCCAACAUUCAAAUUCAGGAAAUACAGAGAAUGCCACAAAGAUACUCCUCGAGAAGAGCAACCCCAAGACACAUAAUUGUCAGAUUCACCAAGGUUGAAAUGAAGGAAAAAAUUCUAAGGGCAGCUAUAGAGAAAGGUCAGGUUAGCCACAAAGGGAAACCGAUCAGACUAACAGCAGAUCUCUUGGCAGAAACUCUACAAGCCAGAAGAGAGUGGGGGCCAAUAUUCAACAUUCUGAAAGCAAAGAAUUUUCAACCCAGAAUUUCAUAUCCAGCCAAACUAAGCUUCAUAAGUGAAGGAGAAAUAAAACCAUUUACAGACAAACGAAUGUUGAGAGAUUUUGUCACUACCAGGCCUGCUUACAAGAGCUCCUGAAGGAAGCGCUAAACAUGGAAAGGAACAACUGGUACCAGCCACUGCAAAAACAUGCUAAAUUGUAAAGACCAUCAAUGCUAGGAAGAAACAGCAUCAACUAAUGAGCAAAGUAACCAUCUAAUGUCAUAAUGACAGGAUCAAAUUCACACAUAACAAUAUUAAUCUUAAAUGUAAAUGGGCUAAAUGCUCCAAUUAAAAGACACAGACUGGCAAAUUGGAUAAAGAGUCAAGACCCAUCAGUGUGCUGUAUUCAGGAGACCCAUCUCACAUGCAGAGACACAUAUAGGCUCAAAAUAAAGGGAUAAAGAUCUACCAAGCAAAUGGAAAAUGAAAAAAAAAAAGCAGGGGUUGCAAUCCUAGUCUUUGAUAAAACAGACUUUAAACCAACAAAGAUGAAAAGAGACAAAGGAGGCCAUUACAUAGGUAAAGGGAUCAAUUCAACAAGAAGAGCUAACUCUCCUAAAUAUAUAUGUACCCAAUACAGGAGCACCCAGAUUCAUAAAGCAAGUCCUUAGAUACCUACAAAGAGACUUAGACUACCACACAAUAAUAAUGGAAGACUUUAACACUCCACUGUCAGUAUUGGACAGUUCAAUGAGACAGAAAGUUAACAAGGAUAUCCAGGAAUUGAACUCAGCUCUGCACAAAGCCGACCUAAAAGACAUCAACAGAACUCUCCACCCCAAAUCAACAGAAUAUACAUUCUUCUCAGCACCACAUCACACUUAUUCCAAUAUUGACCACAUAAUUGGAAGUAAAGCACUCCUCAGCAAAUGUAAAAGAACAGAAAUCACAACAAACUGUCUCUCAGACCACAGUGCAAUCAAACUAGAACUCAGGAUUAAGAAACUCACUCAAAACCACUCAACUACAUGGAAACUGAACAAUCUGCUCCUGAAUGACUACUGGGUACAUAACAAAAUGAAGGCAGAAAUAAAGAUGUUCUUUGAAACCAAUGAGAACAAAGACACAACAUACCAGAGUGUCUGGGACACAUUUAAAGCAGCAUGUGGAGGGAAAUUUGUAGCACUAAAUGCCCACAAGAGAAAGCAGGAAAGAUCUAAAACUGACACCCUAACAUCACAAUUAAAAGUACCAGAGGAGCAAGAACAAACACAUUCAAAAGCUAGCAGAAGGCAAGAAAUAACUAAGAUCAGAGCAGAACUGAAGGAGAUAGAGACACAAAAAACCCUUCAAAAAAUCAAUGAAUACAGGAGGUGGAUUUCUGAAAAGAUCAACAAAAUUGAUAGACAACUAGCAAGACUAAUAAAGAAGAAAAGAGAAGAAUCAAAUAGAUGCAAUAAAAAAUGAUAAAGGGGAUAUCACCACCGAUCCCACAGAAAUACAAACUACCACCAGAGAAUACUAUAAACUCCUCUAUGCAAAUAGACUUGAAAAUCUAGAAGAAAUGGAUAAAUUCCUGGACACAUACACCCUCCCAAGACUAAACCAGGAAGAAGUUGAAUCCCUGAAUAGACCAAUAACAGGCUCUGAAAUUGAGGCAAUAAUUAAUUGCCUACCAACCAAAAAAGUCCAGGACUAGAGAGAUUCACAGCUGAGUUCUACCAGAGGUACAAGGAGGAGCUGGUACCAUUCCUUCUGAAACUAUUCCAAUCAAUAGAAAAAGCGGGAAUCCUCCCUAACUCAUUUUAUGAGGCCAGCAUCAUCCUGAUACCAAAGUCUGGCAGAGACACACACAAAAAAGAGACUUUUAGGCCAAUAUGCCUGAUGAACAUUGAUGCAAAAAUCCUCAAUAGAAUACUGGCAAACUGAAUCCAGCAGCACAUCAAAAAGCUUAUCCACCAUGAUCAAGUGGGCUUCAUCCCUGGGAUGCAAGGUGGGUUCAACAUACACAAAUCAAUAAAUGUAAUCCAGCAUAUAAACAGAACCAAAGACAAAAACCACAUGAUUAUCUCAAUAGAUGCAGAAAAGGCCUUUGACAAAAUUCAACAGCGCUAUAUGCUAAACACUCUCAAUAAAUUAGGUAUUGAUGGGAUGUAUCUCAAAAUAAUAAGAGCUAUUUAUGACAACCCCACAGCCAAUAUCAUACUGAAUGGGCAAAAACUGGAAGCAUUCCUUUUGAAAACUGGCACAAAACAGGGAUGCCCUCUCUCACCACUCCUAUUCAACAUAGUGUUGGAAGUUCUGGCCAGGGCAAUCAGGCAGGAGAAAGAAAUAAAGGGUAUUCAAUUAGGAAAAGAAGAAGUCAAAUUGUCUCUGUUUGCAGAUGACAUGAUUCUGUUAGAAAACCCCACUGUCUCAGCCCCAAAUCUCCUUAAGCUGAUAAGCAACUUCAGCAAAGUCUCAGGAUACAAAAUCAAUGUGCAAAAAUCACAAGCAUUCUUAUGCACCGAUAAGAGACAAACAGAGAGCCAAAUCAUGAGUGAACUCCCAUUCACAAUUGCUUCAAAGAGAAUAAAAUGCCUAGGAAUCCAACUUACAAGGGAUGUGAAGGACCUCUUCAAGGAAAACUACAAACCACUGCUCAACGAAAUAAAAGAAGACACAAACAAAUGGAAGAACUUUCCAUGCUCAUGGAUUGCAAUAAUCAAUAUCAUGCAAAUGGCCAUACUGCCCAAGGUAAUUUAUAGAUUCAAUGCCAUCCCCAUCAAGCUGCCAAUGACUUUCUUCACAGAAUUGGAAACAACUACUUUAAAUUUCAUAUGGAAUCAAAAAAGAGCCCACAUUGCCAAGUCAAUCCUAAGCCAAAAGAACAAAGCUGGAGGCAUCAUGCUACCUGACUUCAAACUAUACUUCAAGGCUAUAGUAACCAAAACAGCAUGGUAGUGGUACCAACACAGAGAUAUAGACCAAUGGAACAGGACAGAGCCGUCAGAAAUAAUACCACACAUCUACAACCGUAUGAUCUUUGACAAACCUGACAAAAACUAACAAUGGGGAAAGGAUUCCCUAUUUCAUAAGUGAUGCUGGGAAAACUGGCUAGCCAUAUGUAGAAAGCUGAAACUGGAUCCCUUCCUUACACCUUAUACAAAAAUUAAUUCAAGAUGGAUUAAAGACUUAAAUGUUAGACCUAAAACCAUAAAAACCCUAGAAGAAAACCUAGGCAAUACCAUUCAGGACAUAGGCGUGGGCAAGGACUUCAUGUCUAAAACACCACAAGCAAUGGCAACAAAAGGCAAAAUGGACAAAUGGGCUCCAAUUAAAUUAAAGAGCUUCUGCACAGCAAGAGAAACUACCAUCACAGUGAACAGGCAACCUACAGAAUGGGAGAAAAUUUUUGCAAUCUACUCAUCUGACAAAGGGCUAAUAUUCAGAACCUACAAAGAACUCAAACAAAAUUACAAGAGAAAAACAAACAACCCCAUCGAAAAGUGGGUGAAGUUCCCCUUCCUGUGUCCAUGUGUUCUCAUUGUUCAAUUGCCGCCUAUGAGUGAGAACAUGCAGUGUUUGGUUUUUUGUCUUUGCGAUAGUUUGCUGAGAAUGAUGGUUUCCAGCUUCAUCCCUGUCCCUACAAAGGACAUGAACUCAUCAUGUGGGGUGGGGGGAGGGGGGAGGGAUAGCAUUAGGAGAUAUACCUAAUGUUAAAUGAUGAGUUGAUGGGUGCGGCACACCAACAUGUCAUAUGUAUACAUAUGUAACAAACCUGCACGUUGUGCACAUGUACCCUAAAAUUUAAAGUAUAAUAAAAAAAGUGGGUGAAGAUAUGAA